AUGGGUUGCACCAACAAUUCUCCCGCUUUCCAUCACCCCGCUCCAUUGUCCCGCUUUCCACUACCCCGCCCAAUUCUCCCUCUUUCCAUCACCCCUCCCCAUUCUCCCUCUUUCCAUCACCCGGCCCCAUUCUCCCGCUUUCCAUCACCCCGCCCCAUUCUCCCUCUUUCCAUCACCCCGCCCCAUUCUCCCGCUUUCUAUCACCCCGCCCCAUUUUCCCGCUUUCCAUCACCCCUUUCCAUUCUCCUGCUUUCCAUCACCCCGCCCCAUUCUCCCGCUUUCCAUCAUCCCGCCCCAUUCUCCCUCUUUCCAUCACCCCGCCCCAUUCUCCCGCUUUCCAUCACCCCGCCCCAUUCUUCCGCUUUCCAUCAUCCCGCCCCAUUCUCCCGCUUUCCAUCACCCCGCCCCAUUCUCCCGCUUUGCAUCACCCCGCCCCAUUCUCCCGCUUUCCAUCACCCCACCCCAUUCUUCCGCUUUCCAUCACCCCUCCCCAUUCUCCCUCUUUCCAUCACCCCGCCCCAUUCUCCUGCUUUCCAUCACCCCGCCCAAUUCUCCCGCUUUCCAUCACCCCGCCCCAUUCUCCCUCUUUCCAUCACCCCGCCCCAUUCUCCCGCUUUCCAUCUCCCCACCCCAUUCUCCUGCUUUCCAUCACCCCGUCCCAUUCUCCCGCCUCUUUCCAUCACCCCGCCCCAUUCUCCCGCUUUCCAUCACCGCGCCCCAUUCUCCCGCUUUCCAUCACCCCGCCCCCAUUCUCCCGCUUCCCAUCACCCUGCCCCGUUCUCCCACUUUCCAUCACCCCGCCCCAUUCUCCCGCUUUCCAUCACCGCGCCCCAUUCUCCUGCUUUCCAUCACCCCGCCCCAUUCUCCCUCUUUCCAUCACCCCGCCCCAUUCUCCCUCUUUCCAUCACCCUGCCCCAUUCUCCCGCUUUCCAUCACCCCGCCCCAUUCUCCCGCUUUCCAUCACCCCGCCCCAUUCUCCCGCUUUCCAUCACCCGCCCCAUUCUCCCGGUUUCCAUCACCCCGCCCCAUUCUCCCGGUUUCCAUCACCCUGCCCCAUUCUCUCGCUUUCCAUCACUCUGCCCCAUUCUACCUCUUUCUAUCACCCCACCCCAUUUUCCCUCUUUCCAUGACCCCGCCCCAUUCUCCCGAUUUCCAUCACCCCACCCCAUUCUCUCACCUCUUUCCAUCACCCCGCCCCAUUCUCCCGCUUUCCAUCACUCCGCCCCAUUCUCCCGCUUUCCAUCACCCCGCCCCAUUCUCCCGCUUUCCAUCACCCCGCCCCAUUCUCCAACUUUCCAUCACCCCGCCCCAUUCUCCCGCUUUCCAUCAACCCGACCCAUUCUCCCGCUUUCCAUCACCCCGCCCCAUUCUCCCUCUUUCGAUCACCCGCCCCAUUCUCCCGCUUUCCUUCACCCCGCCCCAUUCUUUUGCCUCUUUCCAUCACCCCGCCCCAUUCUCCCGCUUUCCAUCACCCCGCCCCAUUCUCCCGCUUUCCAUCACCCCGCCCCAUUCUCCAGCUUUCCAUCACCCCGCCCCAUUCUCCCUCUUUCCAUCACCCUUCCCCAUUCUCCCUCUAUCCAUCACCCCACCCAAUUCUGCCGCUUUCCAUCACCCCGUCCCAUUCUCCCGCUUUCCAUCACCUUGCCCCAUUCUUUUGCGUUCCAUCUCCCCACCCCAUCCUCCCCUCUUUCCAUCAUCCCGCCCCAUUCUCCCGAUUUCUAUCACCCCGCCCCAUUCUCCCUCUUUCCAUCACCCCGCCCCAUUCUCCCACUUUCCAUCACCCCGCCCCAUUCUCCCUCUUUCAAUCAUCCCGCCCCAUUCUCUCGCUUUCCAUCACCCCGCCCCGUUCUCCCGCUUUCCAUCACCCCGCCACCUUUUCCCGCUUUCCAUCACCCCGCCCCAUUCUCCUGCUUUCCAUCACCCCGCCCCAUUCUCCCUCAUUCCAUCACCCCGCCCCAUUCUCUCGCUUUCCAUCACCCCGCCCCAUUCUCCCGCUUUUCAUCACCCCGCCCCAUUCUCCCGCUUUCCAUCACCCCGUCCCAUUCUCCCUCUUUCCAUCACCCCGCUCCAUUCUCCCGCUUUCCAUCACCCCGCCCUAUUCUCCCUCUUUCCAUCACCCCUCCCUAUUCUCCCUCUUUCCAUCACCCCGCCCUAUUCUCCCGCUUUCCAUCACCCCGCCCCAUUCUCCCGCUUUCCAUCACCCCGCCCCAUUCUCCCGCUUUCCAUCACCCCGCCCCAUUCUCCCACUUUGCAUCACUUCGCCCAAUUCUCCCGCUUUCCAUCACCCCGCCCCAUUCUCCCGCUUUCCAUCACCCCUCCCCAUUCUCCCUCUUUCCAUCACCCCGCCCCAUUCUCCUGCUUCCCAUCACCCCGCCCCAUUCUCCCGCUUUCAAUCACCCCGCCCCAUUCUCCCUCUUUCCAUCACCCCGCCCCAUUCUCCCGCUUUCCAUCUCCCCACCCCAUUCUCCUGCUUUCCAUCACCCCGUCCCAUUCUCCCGCCUCUUUCCAUCACCCCGCCCCAUUCUCCCGCUUUCCAUCACCGCGCCCCAUUCUCCCGCUUUCCAUCACCCCGCCCCCAUUCUCCCGCUUCCCAUCACCCCGCCCCGUUCUCCCACUUUCCAUCACCCCGCCCCAUUCUCUCGCCUCUUUCCAUCACCCCGCCCCAUUCUCCCGCUUUCCAUCACUCCGCCCCAUUCUCCCGCUUUCCAUCACCCCGCCCCAUUCUCCCGCUUUCCAUCACCCCGCCCCAUUCUCCAACUUUCCAUCACCCCGCCCCAUUCUCCCGCUUUCCAUCAACCCGACCCAUUCUCCCGCUUUCCAUCACCCCGCCCCAUUCUCCCUCUUUCGAUCACCCGCCCCAUUCUCCCGCUUUCCUUCACCCCGCCCCAUUCUUUCGCCUCUUUCCAUCACCCCGCCCCAUUCUCCCGCUUUCCAUCACCCCGCCCCAUUCUCCCGCUUUCCAUCACCCCGCCCCAUUCUCCCUCCUUCCAUCACCCCGCCCCAUUCUCCCGCUUUCCAUCACCCCGCCCCAUUCUCCCUCCUUCCAUCACCCUGCCCAAUUCUCCAUCCUCCCAUCACCCUGCCCCAUUCUCCCGCUUUCCAUCACCCGCCCCAUUCUCCCUCUUUCUAUCACCCCGCCCAAUUCUCCCGCUUUCCAUCACCCCGCCCCAUUCCCCUGCUUUCCAUCACCCCGCCCCAUUCUCCCGCUUUCCAUCACCCCGCCCCGUUCUCACGCUUUCGCACACCCCGCCCAAUUCUCCCGCUUUCCAUCACCCCGCCCCAUUCUCCUGCUUUCCAUCACCCCGCCCCAUUCUCCCUCUUUCCAUCACCCCGCCCCAUUCUCCCUCCUUCCAUCACCCCGCCCAAUUCUCCGCUUCCCAUAACCCCAGCCCCAUCUCCCCCUUUCCAUCACCCCGCCACAUUCUCCCACUUUCCAUCACCCUGCCCCAUUCUCCCUCCUUCCAUCACCCCGCCCCAUUCUCCCUCCUUCCAUCACCCCGCCCCAUUCUCCCGCUUUCCAUCUCCCCGCCCCAUUCUCCCACUUUGCAUCACUUCGCCCAAUUCUCCCGCUUUCCAUCACCCCGCCCCAUUCUCCCGCUUCCAUCACCCCUCCCCAUUCUCCCUCUUUCCAUCACCCCGCCCCAUUCUCCUGCUUCCCAUCACCCCGCCCCAUUCUCCCGCUUUCCAUCACCCCGCCCCAUUCUCCCUCUUUCCAUCACCCCGCCCCAUUCUCCCGCUUUCCAUCUCCCCACCCCAUUCUCCUGCUUUCCAUCACCCCGUCCCAUUCUCUCGCCUCUUUCCAUCACCCCGCCCCAUUCUCCCGCUUUCCAUCACCGCGCCCCAUUCUCCCGCUUUCCAUCACCCCGCCCCCAUUCUCCCGCUUCCCAUCACCCCGCCCCGUUCUCCCACUUUCCAUCACCCCGCCCCAUUCUCUCGCCUCUUUCCAUCACCCCGCCCCAUUCUCCCGCUUUCCAUCACUCCGCCCCAUUCUCCCGCUUUCCAUCACCCCGCCCCAUUCUCCCGCUUUCCAUCACCCCGCCCCAUUCUCCAACUUUCCAUCACCCCGCCCCAUUCUCCCGCUUUCCAUCAACCCGACCCAUUCUCCCGCUUUCCAUCACCCCGCCCCAUUCUCCCUCUUUCGAUCACCCGCCCCAUUCUCCCGCUUUCCUUCACCCUGCCCCAUUCUUUCGCCUCUUUCCAUCACCCCGCCCCAUUCUCCCGCUUUCCAUCACCCCGCCCCAUUCUCCCGCUUUCCAUCACCCCCGCCCCAUUCUCCCUCCUUCCAUCACCCCGCCCCAUUCUCCCGCUUUCCAUCACCCCGCCCCAUUCUCCCUCCUUCCAUCACCCUGCCCAAUUCUCCAUCCUCCCAUCACCCUGCCCCAUUCUCCCGCUUUCCAUCACCCGCCCCAUUCUCCCUCUUUCUAUCACCCCGCCCAAUUCUCCCGCUUUCCAUCACCCCGCCCCAUUCCCCUGCUUUCCAUCACCCCGCCCCAUUCUCCCGCUUUCCAUCACCCCGCCCCGUUCUCACGCUUUCGCACACCCCGCCCAAUUCUCCCGCUUUCCAUCACCCCGCCCCAUUCUCCUGCUUUCCAUCACCCCGCCCCAUUCUCCCUCUUUCCAUCACCCCGCCCCAUUCUCCCUCCUUCCAUCACCCCGCCCAAUUCUCCGCUUCCCAUAACCCCAGCCCCAUCUCCCCCUUUCCAUCACCCCGCCACAUUCUCCCACUUUCCAUCACCCUGCCCCAUUCUCCCUCCUUCCAUCACCCCGCCCCAUUCUCCCUCCUUCCAUCACCCCGCCCCAUUCUCCCGCUUUCCAUCUCCCCGCCCCAUUCUCCCGCUUUUCAUCACCCCGCCCCAUUCUCCCGCUUUCCAUCACCCCGUCCCAUUCUCCCUCUUUCCAUCACCCCGCUCCAUUCUCCCGCUUUCCAUCACCCCGCCCUAUUCUCCCGCUUUCCAUCACCCGCCCUAUUCUCCCGCUUUCCAUCACCCCGCCCCAUUCUCCCUCCUUCCAUCACCCCCCCCCCAUUCUCCCGCUUUCCAUCACCUCGCCCCAUUCUCCCGCUUUCCAUCACCCCGCCCCGUUUUCCCGCUUUCCAUCACCCUGCCCUAUUCUCCCGCUUUCCAUCACCCCGCCCCAUUCUCCCGCUUUCCAUCACCCCGCCCAAUUCUCCCGCUUUCCAUCACCCCGCCCCAUUCCCCUGCUUUCCAUCACCCCGCCCCAUUCUCCCGCUUUCCAUCACCCCGCCCCGUUCUCACGCUUUCCAUCACCCCGCCCAAUUCUCCCACUUUCCAUCAGCCCGCCCCAUUCUCCUGCUUUCCAUCACCCCGCCCCAUUCUCCCUCUUUCCAUCACCCUGCCCCAUUCUCCCUCCUUCCAUCACCCCGCCCAAUUCUGCGCUUCCCAUAACCCCAGCCCCAUCUCCCGCUUUCCAUCACCCCGCCACAUUCUCCCACUUUCCAUCACCCCGCCCCAUUCUCCCUCCUUCCAUCACCCCGCCCCAUUCUCCCUCCUUCCAUCACCCCGCCCCAUUCUCCCGCUUUCCAUCUCCCCGCCCCAUUCUCCCGCUUUCCAUCACCCUGCCCCAUUCUCCCGCUUUCCAUCACCCCGCCCCAUUCUUCCGCUUCCCAUCAUCCCGCCCCAUUCCCCCGCUUUCCAUCACCCCUCCCCAUUCUCCCACUUUCCAUCACCCCGCCCCAUUCUUCUGCUUUCCAUCACCCCGCCCCAUUCUCGCGCUUUCCAUCACCCCACACCAUUCACCCGCUUUCCAUCACCCGCCCCAUCUCCCGCUCUCCAUCACCCCGCCCCAUUCUCCCGCUCUCCAUCAACCCGCCCCAAUCUCCCGCUUUUCAUCACCCCGCCCCAUUCUCCCGCUUUCCAACACCCCUCUGGGUGUUCUCCUUCCCCCCUGCUGCCCUCUGUCGCCUCUGCCGCUGCGGCCGACCUCACUGGUUUUGAGUCGGUCGGUGCGGCGUCUGCCCCCAGCGGUAGACGCCGCUCUGGCAAGGGCAAGGGGGGCAAGGGAGCGGGUGGAGCUAGAGGGGGCAGUGGCGGAGGAGGUGGGGGUGGCGGGGGGAGUGGGGGUGGCGGUGGAGGUGGUGGCGGGAGUGGAGGUACUGGUGGAGGCGGUGGAGGCGGAGGUGGCGGCGGGGGCGGUAGCGGAGGAGGCGGGGGCGAGGGUACCAGUGGGGGCGGUGGCGGUGGAGACGUAGGCGGUGGUGGAGGCGGGAGUGGCGGUGGCGGCGGGGGUCGGAGUGUCUCGUCCCAGCGCAGCAGCUCUGGGGGUGGUCAGCGCCAGCAGCAACAGCAGCAGCAGCAGCAGCCGCAGCAACGCUCUCGCACCGUCCCCGCCCCUCAGCAGCUCCGUGAGUGGUACUAG